AACUCCAAUCCUGUGGUUGAAAUAUAUGACAGAACAUUUGAUAGGCUUGUUAGUCAAGAACCUGUUUUUAUCAAUUUUUAUGUCCCAUGGUAAGUUGCCAUUAUUGAUUCAAUUAUUUCAUUUUAUAUCAAACUUCAUAAUUGUAAAUGUUUUUAGGUCAAAGGAAUCAAAAGCAAUUCAUGAGACGUGGAAAAAUUUGGGAAAACUUUGUCAAAAAGAAGGUUUAACUACAAUAGCACAGGUAAUGUUUUGUAGAUUCCUUCCUCUGUAAAUGUACAUCGGAGUAAUUUAUCAUUCUUUGGGUGUGGUUUAGGCAGGGAGCUUCAUUGAUAUAUACUACGUACUAUAUCAAGCUUGUUUGGCUACCUAUUGCAGCCUGGAAAGAACAUGCUUACAUCAUGCAACCUGCCUUUAAACUACUCAGUCAUUCUCUCUGUAGAUAAAUAGCGCUUCCUUCUUACCAUAUUCUAUCCUUUCUUCUGUCUAUACCUCAUCAACGUAUAAUCUAAUCUGUUCUUUCUUCUGUCACUACAGAUCGACUGCUCAAGAUUCUCUGAAGUCUGUAAAAAGUAUGAGGUAUGAUUAAAAUUUCAUGUCUGGACUCCUCUACCAUUAAUCUUUUUCAUAUAUGUAGUUCAGACACAGACCAUGGCAGUUUAUUUCAGAAUACCGUACUACCUACACUGGACCACCACGUUUGAGAUAUCUUUUCAGGUAGUUCAGACACAAACCACGACAGCUUAUUGUAGAAUACUACCUACACUGGACCACCACGUUUGAGAUAUCUUUUUCAGGUAGUUCAGACACAAACCGCGACAGCUUAUUGUAGAAUACUACCUACACUGGACCACCACGUUUGAGAUAUCUUUUUCAGGUAGUUCAGACACAAACCACGACAGCUUAUUGUAGAAUACUACCUCCACGUUUGAGUAAUCAUUACUUAUCUGUAAUUGUUUCUCUUGCUAGAUAAUUCAGUACCCAACUUUGAUACUGUUUAAAGAAGGCUAUAGAUAUUACUACAAUGAAGACAGAACUUUAAAUUCAUUGCAUAAAUUUGUCAAACUAUAUUUUCAUGAUGAAUUAUGAAGUGGAUAUUUAAUGAAUUAUUAUUAAGGUAUGCACAUAGUAUAAAUAGAAAAUAUUGUAUGUUGUAAUUGAUGUAUGUAGAAGUUUUAAAUACAUUUGUACCACCUUGUAUUUUCUUGCAGUUAAUAUCUAGAUAUUUCUGCCAAAUGAUAAUUUCCAAAUAUGGAUGGAAACAAUAUGAGAGCUUGUGAGAGGGCUAGACUGGAAGUUCACAAUCAGUCAACCUGAUCCAAUUUAAUUUAGUCACGUGGCUUUAAGUGAUUGAAUGGAUGGCGAUUGCCAGCCUCGUAUCUGUACCAGAUUGUCUUGUGUGCACUCAGCUACCAUAUCUUGUUUGCUUGCCAGUUUAUACUGAUAUCAUGUCCAUGAUGAUAACUUACAUCAAGUAUUGCCUCACAUGUUGGUACUCUGUACUGACGUCAUUAUGUCCAGGACCUCGUACGUGGUACCAUACCAGCACACUGACCUACAUCAAGUAUCACAUGCUGAAGUUACCCUGAGCUGUCACUCGUCACCAGGUCUUUCUUAGCUCGCUCUUCCAUUUUUUUCAUCGCGAUGUCAAUCUUUAGUUUCAGUCUGUUUUCAAAAUCAUAACCACUGCAUGUUUCCU